GAUGUCGGCAUGACGUCACAGUCACGUGACAAUUCUUCGCAACAAAUCCGCCAUAUUUGUUUGGGGGUAAGCUGGGGAAAUUGUUGCUAAAUUACGUACGUCCCAUUUUCAUCUGCCAUAUUUUUGAGUCAAGCUAUGAUAUUUCUUAAUCAUGUCGUUCGGAUAUCAAGAAGAGUUACCCCCAGAUGCUAAGGGACGGUAUAUUGAAAAAUUGCAUAUUAUUGGUGAAGAUAUCUGCCCCUACAAGGUCCCCGCUGACACCUGGAUCAAUGACCCGAAGCAAUGGCCGCCAUUACAGUACAACGAUGUUUACAGUUACCUCAUCAAAUUUCCUCGUGUAUAUUCAUCAGAGGCUAUGGAAAACUACAGAUCCCUUGAUGCCCAUGUGUUCUUCGUAUCUGGAUGGGUGCAGACAGUUUUUCAUAGAAAGACAACCUGUGGACAUGUGAUUGCAAAGGCAGAUGUGAAACCAUCAUGGAGAGUGACAGACGAGCCUCAUCACCCUUGGGUUGCUUUAAAGAGAAAUGGACCAGUUAUCACUGCCCAUUGCGACUGUAUGGCUGGACUCGGAGAGACCUGUUCUCACAUUGGCGCCCUGUUGUUCAAGAUGGAAGCAGCGGUCCGUUUCGGAUAUACAAGGUCCACCUGCACCGAUGAAUCGUGUCUAUGGAACCAGUGUUUCACCAAGGAUGUGCAGCCAGCACCAAUAUCGGACAUUAAGUUUUAUAAACAGGCAGCUAAGGAUAGACUUACUAAUAAGAAAUUUAAGACUCAACCUACACCAUCAACAGAGGAAGAGCAACAGACAUUUUUAGAGUCUUUAAGUAGCCUGGAGGAAAAUUUAGUUGGACUUAGUGCCUUCAAGGAGUAUGCGGGGCCUUUUGUUGGACUAGGACCAAAACUGGUAAAAGAUAAACUACCACCCUCUUUGAGGAACAUGUUUAAUGAAAGAAACAAUAUGAUGUCAGAUGAAGACUUUUUGCAGUUAUCUGAGAAAACCAUUGAAAAUUUCAAAAUAACAGUUGAUGAAGUAAAGAAGGUGGAGGACAUUACUAGGAGCCAAUCAAGUUCCUUAGCCUGGCACCAUCAGAGAUCUGGCCGCAUCACUGCCUCAGUUGCAGGGGAGGUACUGCAUACUUCAACAUCAAAUCCGUCACUUUCCCUCUUGAAGAAGAUAUGCAUUCCCAACACGUCAUCACCAAAUGUACCUUCAUUGAAUUGGGGAAAGCAGCAUGAAGAAGAUGCUUAUAAACUGUAUCAGUUUCUGAUGGAAGUGGAAGACAGCGGUGAGCUAGAUAUUAUUCCAAAAGGAGAGAUCUUUUUGAAAGACAUAUCUCAUAAGCAUGUGAACUUAAACGUGGCAAAGGCAGGAUUUUGUAUUUCUUUCAGUAAACCUUUCCUUGGGGCUUCACCAGAUGGCCAUGUGUUUUGUGAGUGUUGUGGGAAAGGCCUUCUGGAAAUUAAAUGUCCAUACAACAUGAGACAAACAACAUUGAUGGAGGCUUUAAAGGACAAAACUUUCUGUCUGGAUGCAGACACAUUCAGUGUGAAGAGAAACCACAAGUACUUUGCACAAGUACAGCUACAGAUGUACGCUUGUGAUGGUCAAUACACAGAUUUUGUGGUAUGGAGCCCCAACGAUUGUGUAAUUAGCCGUAUUCGAAGGGACGAUGCCUUUAUCGACGAAAUGGUUGAAAGUCUUGAACAGUUUUGGAAGUGUGUGGUUUUACCAGAGUUGUUGACCAGAAAGAUUGAAAACAGCAAUGUAAACAAGUCUGGCAACAUAACUGGAUACAUAGUUCAGAAAGAUGCUGACAAAACAUUCUGUUUAUGUAAAACCACGAAGGACAAUGCAGACAUGGUUGGAUGUGAUAGAUGUGAUGACUGGUUUCAUCCAGCGUGCUUGAAGUUAAAGAGACUACCCAAAUCCAAAACAUGGUACUGUCCUAAAUGUAGACAGCAAAAGAAAAAACAGAAAUUGUGACAUUCUGACAUAAUGUGAAAGGUUUUGCUAUGUAUUCCCAGGGAUUUCGGGUGUAUCUUGUGAACUAUGAAGUGACUUCGAUAUGUAGUGUCUAGUGUUAAUGUAUAUUUGGCAAAAUCAAUAAUGCUUUCCUGUAAAAAAGUGAUGGAAAGUGAAAUUUUCUCUUUUAUUUCACAAUUACUGAUGAUGAUAUGCCAGAACAUUUUGUGUUUUAUACUUGUUAUUACUUUUAAUUUGCAAUCAUGAUCUCAGAUAUAGACCUAUUCAAAUAAGAUCAACUGCAUGAUCAAUAUAACAAAAGAUUCAAAAUAUUUCUUAUGACUUUGAUUCACAGUUCUGUUUAUAUAUAUUGCUAGGAGGUUGUGUAUUAUACUUGUUAUUACUAUUAAUUUAUGAUCAUGAUCUCAUAUGUAUAACAAAAAAAUUGAAAUAACUCUUUCGAUUUUGAUUCAAAGAUAUGUGGUGUAUAGGUUGUGCAAUGUUGUGAAUACAGAAUAGUACUAGACCCAAAUGAAUUAUAUAUAAAUGCCCAUGGAUAAUAUAUUUAUAAUGUAUGAGAAUUGUGCGUUAGGCUGUGCAAGAUCGUGAUAGUAGUACUAGAUAUUCAUAUAUAUAUAUAGUGUUGCAAUAUGUUUUAAGUUGCAGAAUAUGUUCUUCAAUUUGUUGGAUUUAUUUUUUUGAUGUUAAUAUAUAAAAGAUGAAUGAUGAAAGAAUCAUUUGAAUUUUAAAAA